AUGUCAGAACCUCACGAUGCCAUCAUCACGGCUUUGCAGAAAUACACAACGUGCGACGUUUCCGACGCCCUGUGCAAACUAAAAUACCGCAAUGGCGGAUUUUUGUCUGGUUUGACUAUGUGGUCACCUCAGCGUCAAGACGGCCAGACCAAGAUUGUCGGUCCGGCUUAUACUGUCAAAUAUGUGCCACUUGACGACCCUUCACCGAAGUAUCCUACUCAUUAUAUCGAUGCCGUGCCUAGCGGCUCCGUCAUAUUUGUCUCGUGUCCCGCUAAAACCCCCAAUGCAGUGUAUGGCGGUCUCAUGUCUACACGCGCUUUGGCCAGCGGUGCAGUAGGAUCUGUGAUCGACGGACGUUUCCGUGACUUGCAAGAGCAACGCGCAUUGGAGUAUCCGAUUUUUGCCCGCGACGUGGGCACAGCACCUCCAGCCGAGCUGCUCAAAGUUGCUGCGGUCAAUGUGCCUGUGAAGCUGCAAACGCACGAACAGGAUAUGGAAAUUCGACCCGGCGACUAUUUGAUUGCCGACCUAAACGGUGUCGUUGUGCUUCCUUUCGAGCUAGCAGAGCAAGCACUGCCGCUGAUGCAGAAGCAGGUGGAAGCUGAUGACAAGAUGGCAUUCGAAAUCAGGAAAGGUAUGAGCUUCACUGAGGCCAGUAAGAAGUUUAGAUGA